AUGGAGAAUGUUCCAUCAUUGAAACUGUGGCUGGGGUUCACAGACACUGCAGAUGUAAGGAGGGCUACCAUGGACUACGCUGUGACCAGUUUGUACCCAAAUCUGACGCCAUCUUGUCUGAUCCAACGGACGAACUUGGGAUUGAGUUCAUGGAGAGCGGUGACACCUACCAGAGGCAGGUGCUGUCCAUCUUCAGCAUUGCCUCGGGGAUCUGUCUUCUCGGAGUGGCAUGCAUGGCUCUCUACCGCCGCAACAAAAGGCACCGGGAAAAACUCCAGGCUCACUUCUCCGACAGCCGCAGCUUGAGAGACUGCAGUGUCAACAGCCCUGGCCUCAUGUCCAGCUCCACUCCCAGGACUCAAUACAACCUUCAUCUUCAAAACGGCUGCGGCUCUCACGGAUCGUCUCUUAAGGGCAGCAGCGUGGCACCAGGCUCUUCCACAGUCACCCCACCUAUUCUGAGCAAAGCGCUGUCGAAAGGGAAAUGCUUCAGGAGUAGUUCCCUUUCACUCAGCCCAGCCCAGCAGCGAAGAGAGGUCAACCACUUCAGGACCCCACCCAUUUCCAGAGGGAAGCACAAAAUAUCCACAAGCCUAAUCGACGGCACCAGAGUGACCGGGCAUGUCUACAAACACCUGCAGGAGGACGAGUCAACAGACAUGGAGCCCAUAAGAAGGUGCAACUCGGCCAGCAGAAAGGUCGGCGCGCUCCUCACCAGGACCGCUCUCGCUAAAACUACUGCCAGAAAAGGCUGGACUGAGGUCCCGUGCACCCGCCUGGACAAGGGAACCACUUUCAUGCCACACUCCCUGCGUGCUCGCUCUGUGCCCAUCAUCCCGUCACUCCAAGCAUGUGACCCCGAGGCCGAAGCUGCUCGCACGAGCGACCGGAGCCACGCGGGGCUCCUAAAGUGGCAACCUGCACCGUCGGGGCAGCUGGCGAAGCCCACCGGCAGUCCACCCCCUCCGCCUGGGAACGUCUGGUUAGAGACGGACAUUUCAGCCCGCAGCAUCAACCCCCCUGUUGUCACACGUGCUCUGCUGGAAUCUGAGAAGAAGGCUUCCUGCUCUGUUGAGUUCACAGAGGAAAUCGUGCAGGGCUCAAAGCAGAAAAGCCUCUCCAGCCAGGAGGAAAUGUACGGAUCUCACAGCGAGAGCCAACGCGGUGGCACAAACAUUCUGGAGGCUGAGACUGAGCCGGAGUCUGGCGGAAAAGGUGUCCAAUAUUUAGCUGGAGCUGCGCACACGGCGAGUGGAACCAGCGGUGUGAAAGUGGAGGGCCAAAGAGAAGUCCAGGGACAGAGCCAGGGUCAGACAUCUCUCGCAAACAGAAGGGCAAACAGCUUCCUGGCCACCAAAGGACCCAGCUGCAGAGGAACUGGAAACACUUAUGCCAAGCCCUCUGCGAGCUGAUUGGAUUAACUUUGUAAAGCUUCAAAGACACCAUUUCUAAUAACUGGAUACCUUUGCUGGUGGCUCGGGAUGGCUAGACUGUGGGACCAUCUGUGUGGCCACAUGGACCAGUAACAGAUGGCGAUCAAUUCUAACGGGAGAUUAACAGAGAGAAUUGUUGUUGAGAUAAAAAGAAAAAAAAAAACAAAGAAAAAC